AGUUUAAGGGGGCGGGGUGCAGCAGAAAGGAGCUGAGAUGUUUGGCUUUUUUAUACAAAAUUAUUUAUUUAAAUAAAAAUGGCCGCCGUGGAGAGCGGAGAGGACAGAAUGGAGGAGGGUGCAGAAGCAGAGGAGACUCCUGAGCCUACGCCUCCUCCAAAAGAGAAACAACAGUCCCACAGUAAAACCAAGAAGAACCGAAAAGAACGACAGUUGAGUGGACAUGAAACUCCUCCUGCACCUUCCAGCCAAACGACAUCUACUGCAACUUCGGCUACUAUGACUACAGCAACAACAGCAGAGACACAGGGUCAAGAGGAAACUGAGGAGGGCCCCUCAGCUUUAGAGGCAGGUCCUAGCUCAGCAGCCUCUCCCAGACAGAGGCGCUCCGUCAUCAGGGAUCGAGGGCCUCUGUAUGACGACCCCACGCUUCCCGAAGGAUGGACACGCAAACUCAAACAGAGGAAGUCUGGUCGCUCUGCAGGGAAGUUUGAUGUCUACCUGAUCAACGCAGAGGGAAAGGCGUUCCGAUCAAAAGUGGAACUUAUGGCUUACUUCCAAAAAGUGGGAGAUACAACUACAGACCCCAAUGACUUCGACUUCACGGUCACAGGACGAGGAAGCCCAUCACGGAGAGAGAAACGGACUCCAAAGAAACCUAAAGCAGUAAAACCAACUGGGAGAGGCAGAGGCAGGCCUAAAGGGAGUGGGAAAAUGCGUCAGGCCACAGAGGGUGUGGCCAUGAAGCGUGUGGUGGAGAAAACUCCGGGCAAACUCUUGGUGAAGAUGCCGUUCGGAAAAGACCUUGCCACACCAAGCACUUCUGCUGCAGCAAAGGUGACACAUUCCACUGUAGCACCUGCUAAAAAACGUCCUGGUAGGAAGCGAAAAGCGGAACAGGAUCUCCCUACUCCUCAGACAGCUCCUAAAAAACGAGGGAGAAAACCAGCCUCUGCAUUAGCCACAGUAGCUUCAACCUCUGUCUCCUCUGGACCUGCCCCCAGCACUUCCUCCUCAGCUGGAAGUUACACCACAGCCGCCAUCUUAGCUGCUGAGGCCAAACGCAAAGCAGCUAAAGAGUCUUCCACGAAACCUGCCGUCCAAGAAACCGCGCUGCCAAUCAAAAAACGCAAAACCAGAGAAACUGUUGAGGAAAAGGAGAGUGUGUCUAUUCUGGACAUCAGUAAAGAGUGCGAGAAAAAGCCUGCUAUUCCAGCAGCCGGUAGUACUGAAGAGGAAGCAACAUCAUCAGUCCAGUCUUCUGAGCAGAGCCAAUCGCAAAAACAGUCAUCGAGUUCAGAGGCAAGCCACUCCCAUAAACAUAAACCCCAUAAAUGCAGAAAGCGAAAGGAUAAAAGUGAAACAGAGGAUGAAGGGAGAAAGAGAAAACAUGAACAAGAAAGUAGCAGUAGCAUUAGCAGUAGCAUUAAAAAAACAAAACGGCACAAACACAAAGAUAGAACCCCACACAAGCAUCACCACCACCAUCAUCAUCAUCACCAUCACCACCAUCACAGACAUAAACAAGAGUCUGCAACGUCAGAGCAAGCUACAGCUGCUGCUACUAAAGAAAUCUUGCCCAGUCUGUCAGUCAAAUCUGAAACUUCCAAUGCUGAAGCAAAAGCAAUGCCUCAAACAAAACCAGAACCACAACACCAUCAAGUGGUGUCAUCGACACAGUCACAGCCAAGAUCGAAACAAGAUCAAGAAUCCUCUACUUCUAGCCAGGAAAAACAGCAUUCCAAAACUCAAUCUCGAGCACAGUCUAAAUAUCCAAAAUCGCGAUCUCCUUCUCCACAACAUCAAAGUCUAAGCCAGUCAAAAGUAGAGUCUUCCCAUUUGAGUUUGCAAGCAAGAAAAAAAUCACCAACUCAUUUGACAAUGCAAUCGGAAAAUCCCCUUAAAUUGCAAGAACAGUCAAAAGACCAUUUGUCAUCUCCUCCUUUAAACAAAUCCAAAGUCAAGCAAGAUUGCAACCUCAAAGUUCUACUCAAGUCCAGUAUCCAACAUCUGUUAAAAAUUUCUCAACGCAAUCUCAAGUUCCUGCCCAAACGCAUGCUCAGUCAGUGCAUCCAGGUUCUUCUUAGAGCAACACAAGCUCAAACGCAAAUCACUAGGUCUCCCAUACAACAGUUAGCGCCACACAGACCGUCACGAAACAUUGAGAGAUCAAAUUUGGUUCAAGUGCAGACAAAUCCAAGCGAUCAACCACAAGAUUUGAGCACCACGCGGCCACGAAAUCGAGACGAAAGUAUGAAGUUGGAGGGCAAAGAGAGUUUAGGGGGUGAGAGAGGAGCAAAUAAUACUUCUAGCAACAGGAUACGAGCUGAACCGGAAGCAGCAGGGGAGGGCAGGGAGCUCAAAGACAUUGUGGCCCAGUCGGGAGUGCCUUGCCCCAGCCGAGACGAGACUGUGGAGACCCGGACUGCGGUUAGCGAAAGGGUCAGCUGA